CUACCUUCCGGGCUCUGAUUUCCUUCUCCAGCAGCAGCACGAACACACGGUGAUACAGAACAACGGCAGCAACUACUGGCGCGCUCUUGUAAAAUGAGUUUAUUUGCAAAGGAUUAAAUGAUUGAAAACAUAGCUCGUGGAAGCCAAAACAUCAGACUACAAAAUCGCCGUGUUUUUAAAGGGGUACCCUUGUGAAAUCCUACAUAAAAAAAUAACAAUGGCACAGUGUAUGUGGCCGGAGCCCAUGACAGCUCCACAGCUGAAACGACUGGAGGAACAUAAAUACAGCUCUUCGGGUCGAUCGAUGUUCGAGCCGCCGAUGCAGAUCUACUGGAACUGGCUGGUUGAACUAAUCCCAACCUGGGUAGCCCCCAAUACUCUCACUAUAGUUGGACUUGUUAUUAAUGUCGCCACAACAUUUAUCCUAAUGUGCUACUGUCCCUCUGCCAGAGAGGAGGCACCAGGAUGGGCAUUCAUAUUAAGUGCAUUAGGUCUUUUCAUCUACCAGUCCUUGGACGCAAUCGAUGGAAAGCAAGCCCGAAGAACAAACAGCAGCUCUCCACUUGGGGAACUGUUUGAUCACGGCUGUGACGCUGUCUCAACAGUUUUUGUUGCUAUAGGAACGUGUAUAGCUGUGCGCAUGGGAACCGAUUCUAACUGGAUGUUCUUCUGUGGUUUUAUUGGCAUGUUCAUGUUUUAUUGCGCGCACUGGCAGACGUAUGUUUCUGGAACACUGAGAUUUGGAUUAAUUGAUGUGACAGAAGUCCAGAUCUCCAUUACAAUCAUGUAUUUGAUGACAGCCUUUGGAGGAACCGGCUUGUGGGAUUACAGGCUUCCAGUACUAGGAUGGAAACUCCAAACCUUUCCACUACUUGGCAUAAUAGGCGGAGCGCUGUUUUCCUGUUCCAAUUACUUCCAAGUCAUUUUAAGUGGAGGUGUGGGCAAGAAUGGGUCCACAGUUGCAGACACCAGUGUGCUUUCUCCAGGCACUCACAUAGGUCUUGUCUUAACGAUGGCUGUCAUGAUCUUCAAGAAAUCUUCCAGCCAGCUUUUUGAAAACCACUCCUGUCUGUACAUCUUAACAUUUGGAUGUGUGUUUGCCAAGAUUGCCAAUAAACUUGUUGUGGCACAUAUGGCAAAAAGUGAGCUUCAUCUACAGGAUACAGCAUUCAUUGGACCAGGGCUGCUGUUUUUGAACCAGUAUUUCAACAGUUUUAUUGAUGAAUACUUUGUUCUUUGGAUAGCAAUGCUCCUCUCUCUGGUUGAUCUGGUGAGAUACUGCGGUGGCGUAUGCAUACAAAUUGCAUCACAUCUUCAGAUUCAAGUCUUCAGAAUCACGCCUCAAGUUUCUGAGCAGGUUCAAAACCACCAUGACUGACUAAUAGCCCAAAAAGAGGAGAUUAUUUCACAGGAACCCCUUUUAAAUACAGCAGGCCCAGAUGCAGUCCAAUAAGAAUUCCAAAAUGAAAAUCUAAUACAUUUUGACACUGUAAUCCAAUAUUAAAUAAAUACGAUAGUAAUUUAAAAGACUUCUAUUUUCACUGAACUGACAAAAAAAAAAAAAAUAUAUGGUUUUCAAUGAUAUCUGAAACAGAAGCCAAGUGAAAGGUACCUUUCUGACAAAUAUUUUGUAAUUUGUUUGUUUAAUAAUGACUCUUCAUUGAAUGUAUCAUUCUUUUGAUUAGAAUGAAAUAAUAAUAAAAUUGCAAUUGCAAUCUUCAUUCAAAAACUGAUUUUAAAAACGUUCUUAUUAAUUUACCAUCCACUACAUUUAAAUUAGGUCAACAUAACAAAGAAAUAGACUUGUGGUAUAAAACCAUAUUCUUUGAAGAUUGAUUUAAACCAAUGGGAGCCAUUUUGAUUAAGAAGACUCACACAGUCAGCAAUAAGCACCUUCAAGGACUGCAAGUACAACAAUUUUUAAUUAUUAUCUUUUUAAUUAUUGAGUGUAAUUACUGCAUUUUUUUCUAUUUUAAAUAUAAUUUAUUUGUAUGGGUGAGGGAGCUAAAGACUAAUUCAUUAUAAACCAUUUUUUUCACAAAGUUUUUCAAAUAUUUUCAUGGCGUAAUCUGUCUAAUGUAUUAUUAUUAUUAUUAUUAUUAUUAUUAUUAUUAUUAUUGUUUACGUAUUAGGUGCUAAGUAUGCUUCAUAAGCAAGAUAUCAAGCAUCUUCUUGCUUAAAACAACAUCCAAGAUCCAUUCUGGGCUUUUCAAUGAUGAGAUAACGGGGUCAAGCACUUAUAUAAAAAGGAACUGAUCGUUUUACAAUCCAUGUAGAAAACAUUUGUUUUAAAAGAAAAAAAACAGGUAAAAAAAAAAUCUGUUCUUCUGUUCUGAAUAAACUGAAGUCUUGUA